GGACUGGAUUAUCGGAUGUAGACGACGUCAUAGCAUCCGCCAUGUUUCGCAUCACGCACCAACAGGCUCGUCCGAUUCAGAAGCCAGACUAAACCUAGUGGUCCAAACCCGUGGAAUACGUCGCCAUGGCUUCUAAAACCAAAACCAGUCAGUUUGACACUCUGAAUGUGUUCAUACACGAACGGCUGGCGGCCAUAGCUGGGGAAAUAUUUCAGGUGGUUGCAGACUCGCUCGCGGCCUUCCAGGAAGAGCUCGAGCGCUCGCGACAGGAGAACGUGCACCUGAGGAAACUGCUAACGGCCGAGGGAGCAGAUGCGCCGAAUAAGAAGCCUGAUGGAUCUCCGCCUGAGCGUGAAGAAUCCUACCAGGGGCCGCCGGACUCGGAUUUGGAGACCUCGGUGAUACAAGUGAAGCUGGAGCUUAGCAGUGUUCCUCAGGAUCCGGAGGCAGAACAGCUACCCACUGCGUCUACAUGCGACUCUGUACUUGCUACCAGAGGUCAAGGGCCACCUCAUGUUUUCUCAGAUGCGCUGGGAAGUCCUCCAGAACAGCAAGACCCCCUCCAAGCGCCUCAGGAAUCGGAUUCCUUACUAACACAAGUCAAGCUGGAAAUGUCCGCUGUAGGGGAGAAUGCCAUCCCACAAAAGCAGUUACGUGAAGCUUCUUUAUACACUACUCCAUUUCUAAGGACUGCUCAUAGUCAGAGGUGUCCUCCCUCCUCAGUUAAAACUCUCAGUGUUCCGAAUAAAAAUCAUGACAGUCGAGCCCUUCACUCUGCAGUUCCAAGUGAACGAGAAACAUGGAAGCCGACAUGCCGUCACUCGGAUAUUCCUCAAACUGUGAUACGAAGUGGAGAUUCACUCCAGUACCGUGCAGAUGGCGAUCCCCCUCAGCACACAAGGCUUGACUCCGACACCUCGGUCCUACAAGUGAAGCUGGAACUUAGCACUGUGCAGCAGGACACCAACCCACAAGAGGCAUUCAAUGAUCUCUCUUCAUGCCCCUCUCCAUGUGCAAUGACUGCUUGUAGUGAGCAGACACGUCACUCUUAUUUUGUUCAAACUCAGGAUGUUGAGGAAAGCAAGGGUGACCAUUCAGUAGCAAACUCAGCAGGAAGAGUAGAGCCACUGAACUCUCAGGUCAUGUGCUCUGAUGGCUCCAAUUCUACUGUAAUACCGUCCGAAAGUGGAUGUGAGAAUCAGUUGGUAGUAGUGAAAGAUGAACCAGAUCCCCAGUCUUCGUCUCAGUGUGUGGGGCCAUGGAAUGAUUUUACCCACUUAGCAUCAAACUUAUACAGUACAGAUAGACUGUUUUAUUGUCAAAUCUGUGGCAAGCCAUUCAGAAGUGAUCGACUCUUGAAGACGCACAUGAUAGUGCACCAGAAAGAGAGACCUUAUCGUUGCGAGUUGUGUGGAAAGUGCUACAGUUAUCCUCAUGUACUCAAAAUCCACCUUAGAACCCAUACAGGGGAGAGACCAUAUCACUGCAAGUUUUGUGAGAAGACUUUCAAUCAAAAGGGUCAUGUAAAGGGGCACGAAAGAAUCCACACUGGAGAAAAAAUUUACAGCUGCUCAGCCUGUGGGAAGCGUUUCACUUGGUUGAGUCAGGGAAAGGAGCACCUUCGGCUCCAUCGUGAUCAAGUAGCGACUGUUAUAAAACAAUAAAUAAUUACAAGUAAUUAUGUACAUACGACAUGCUGAAACUACAUCAAAUGUACAAGCCAUUCUAAUAGUUUCCCUUUGGCCAGCAAUGUUUUAACAAUUGUUAACAAUUUUACUUGAACCAUAAAUGUCUUCAUAAAUGUUUCAUUGCCCUUAAUGUUUUUAAUGCAUUUCUAGAGCACAGCAAGCGUUUUAUAUGAGAUAGCCAGACAAAUGUAAAAGACACUUUGUAAAAAAAAAAGAAAAAAAAAAGUUAUUGUUAUACAAAUUCAAGAUUGACCUGAAACAUUGUCUUCUUUCCAUAUCAUUCUAAACCGGUUGUUCAUAAGUGGAACACCACACACUCCAAAUAGUCUUCUUCCUUCCUGUAACUAUGAUUAAAGAACCUAAGUUAGAACUUAA